GAUACAAACAGUGAUGGAAAACACAUGAGCAGUAACAAGUUUUAAUCUUGCUCCUCAGUACUAACAUGGACUAAUCUGUGGGAGCAGUUUAUUCCAGUAUCACCCAGGGUGCAGCCACACCAGGACUGUGUUGAAGGGUGUUUUUUUUCUUUUAAAUGUAAUACCUCCUCAUCUUACACAGUGUCUGAGAACAUUUACAUUAUAGAUAAGUAGUACAUGGAGGAUAACUUCUACUUUUAGGAGGACUACUCUCUUCUGACAGUCCUAGACCGAUCUACACUAAGACACCAUGAAGGAGUAUGUGCUCCUAUUAUUCCUGGGUUUGUGCUCUGCCAAACCCUUCUUUAGCCCUUCACACAUGGCAUUGAAGAAUAUGAUGCUGAAGGAUAUGGAAGACACAGAUAAUGAUGAUGAUGAGGAGGAGGAGGACAACUCUCUUUUUCCAACAAGAGAGCCAAGAAUCCCUUUUUUCCCAUUUGAUCUGUUUCCAAUGUGUCCAUUUGGAUGUCAGUGCUAUUCACGAGUUGUACACUGCUCAGAUUUAGGUUUGACCUCAGUCCCAGCCAACAUUCCAUUUGAUACUCGAAUGGUUGAUCUUCAAAACAAUAAAAUUAAGGAAAUCAAAGAAAAUGAUUUUAAAGGACUCACUUCGCUUUACGGUCUGAUCCUGAACAACAACAAGCUAACAAAGAUUCACCCAAAAGCCUUUCUAACCACAAAGAAGUUGCGAAGGCUAUAUUUGUCCCACAAUCAACUAAGUGAAAUACCACUUAAUCUUCCCAAAUCAUUAGCAGAACUCAGAAUUCAUGAAAAUAAAGUUAAGAAAAUACAAAAGGACACAUUCAAAGGAAUGAAUGCUUUACAUGUUUUAGAAAUGAGUGCAAACCCUCUUGAUAAUAAUGGGAUAGAGCCAGGGGCAUUUGAAGGGGUGACGGUGUUCCAUAUCAGAAUUGCAGAAGCAAAACUGACCUCAGUUCCUAAAGGCUUACCACCAACUUUAUUGGAGCUUCAUUUAGAUUACAAUAAAAUUUCAACAGUGGAACUUGAAGAUUUUAAACGAUACAAAGAACUACAAAGGCUGGGCCUAGGAAACAACAAAAUCACAGAUAUCGAAAAUGGGAGUCUUGCUAACAUACCACGUGUGAGAGAAAUACAUUUGGAAAACAAUAAACUAAAAAAAAUCCCUUCAGGAUUACCAGAGUUGAAAUACCUCCAGAUAAUCUUCCUUCAUUCUAAUUCAAUUGCAAGAGUGGGAGUAAAUGACUUCUGUCCAACAGUGCCAAAGAUGAAGAAAUCUUUAUACAGUGCAAUAAGUUUAUUCAACAACCCGGUGAAAUACUGGGAAAUGCAACCUGCAACAUUUCGUUGUGUUUUGAGCAGAAUGAGUGUUCAGCUUGGGAACUUUGGAAUGUAAUAAUUAGUAAUUGGUAAUGUCCAUUUAAUAUAAGAUUCAAAAAUCCUUACAUUUGGAAUACUUGAACUCUAUUAAUAAUGGUAGUAUUAUAUAUACAAGCAAAUAUCUAUUCUCAAGUGGUAAGUCCACUGACAUUUUAUGACAAGAAAUUUCAACAGAAUUUUGCCAAACUAUUGAUACAUAAGGGUUAAGAGAAACAAGCAUCUACUGCAGUUUCUUUUUGUGUACAAAUGAUCUAACAUAAAUCUCAUGCUUGACCAUUCCUUUCUUCAUAACAAAAAAGUAAGACAUUCAGUAUUUAACACUUUGUUAUCAAGCAUAUUUUAAAAAGAACUGUACUGUAAAUGGAAUGCUUGACUUAGCAAAAUUUGAGCUCUUUCAUUUGCUGUUAGAAAAACAAUUAACAAAGACAGUAAUGUGAAGAGUACAUUAUACUAUUCUUAUUCUUUAAUAACUUGGGUAGUACUGUAAUAUUUUUAAUCAUCUUGAAGUAUGAUUUGAUAUAAUCUUAUUGAAAUUACCUUAUCAUAUCUUAGAGUCCGUCUUUAUGUUUAAAACUAAUUUCUUUUUUUUUUUUUUUUUUUUUGUUGAGACGGAGUCUCGCUCUGUCGCCCAGGCUGGAGUGCAG